CUCGGAGGAUGUCAAACCAAAUAGUCGGGCCGAAGCGAGCUCCGCAGGUCACGCCUUCACACCCCGGCCUCUGCACCAUGAUCGCCACCACAAGGAACAUUUUCAUGGGCAGGAAGAGGAAAAGAGUCGGCCAGGGCUCCAAGAGCACCGAGCAGGGAACUGGGAACGCCACCAAGUCCAACCCUUCUAAAAGGCACCGUGACCGCCUCAACGUGGAGUUUGACAACCUGCUGAGUCUGCUUCCGACCACUGAGGAUGUUGCUGGGAGGUUGGAUAAACUGUCUGUGCUGCGUCUCAGUGUCAGUUGUCUCCGACUUAAAAGGUUCUUUGAAGUUACUUUGGGACAAAGGAAGGAGAGUCUUCCCACAGAGCAAACUGGCAUCAGUGGAAUGGACAAACUUUUCCCAAACCUCGGCAAUUCAAUACUGUCAGAAGGGGACCUGAUACUACAGGCUCUGAACGGAUUUGUCCUCGUUGUGACAGCAGAAGGCGACAUCUUCUAUGCAUCGCCCACUGUGCAGGAAUACCUGGGCUUCCACCAGACUGCUGUCCUGCACCAGCCUGUCUUUGAACUGAUCCAUCCUGAAGACCGGGAUGAGUUUCGGCGGCAGCUGCAUUGGGCACUAAACCCACUACUGCCUUCCAAUGUGGAUCAAUCAGGACCUGGUGGUGGCACAAGGCGUGAAGUUGUUGCCAGGUAUGACCCGCAGCAACUCCCACCGGAGAACUCCACCUUCCUGGAGAGGAACUUCGUGUGUAAGAUGCGCUCUCUCCUCAACAGCUCCUCUGGCUAUGUGGCUCUAAACAUUGAAGGCAGAUUGAAGUAUCUUCAUGGACAGAACAAGCGGGCAGAAGAUGGCUCCCUCCUCCCACCUCAGAUGGCACUGUUUGCCAUUGCAACCCCCCUCCAGGUGCCUUCGAUCGUUGAAAUUCGGACUAGGAGUGCUCUAUUUCAGACGAAACACAAGCUCGACUUCUCACCUGUUGCCUGUGAUGCGAAGGCUAGGAUUGUGCUGGGUUACUCAGAGCUGGAGCUGUGCAUGAGAGGUUCAGGGUACCAUUUUAUCCAUGCACACGACAUGCUUUACUGUGCUGACAACCACGUUCGCUUGAUGAAGACAGGAGAGAGUGGAUUAACUAUCUUCAGGCUAUUGACAAAACAGAACAUCUGGAUCUGGGUUCAGGCAAAUGCCCGACUGGUCUAUAAGAACGGGCAGCCAGAUUACAUCAUAGCAAGGCAGAGACUCUUAACGGAUGAAGAAGGGAUUGAUCACUUUAAGAAACGCACAAUGCCAUUCCAACUUCCCUUCUCAACAGGGGAGGCUGUCUUGUAUGACAGCAGUUCUCCUCUGCUUGGGCUCAACAACCCAUUUCUAUCUGAGAAUGGUAAUUCCAGCGUGGCAAAGGAUGGAUAUCUGGAUCCCAACUCACUCCUUGGAGCCAUGAUGAGCCAAGACAAGGCGGUGUACAUCAGGCACCCAGCAGCAGAGCCCAAGUACUCCUUCAGCCGAAUUGGUGGAGCAGUUGCCAGCGGAUCAGCAGCCAAAUGGAGAGGAAUGGAGUGUCCCCCAAAUGGAGAGAAAAAUGUGAAAGAGGAAGCCCUCAGCAGUAAGCAGGAAGAUGAUCUGUUGUCCAUAUUGGAUGACAUCCUUCAAAGUGACAAUGGCGAAGGAUUGACUGGCCUUCCCAAUGUACUGGAGAGCUUGGCACCAGAAGACUUGGAGCUCAUGCACUGGGUGGAGAGCACAUUGAGUAUGGACGUGGUUGCAGAAUGCCCCCUCAGUGACAUGCUGACAAACGACCAGGUUUUGUCCUAUGUCCAUGAAUCACUCAAGAAGAAGGAGAGCUCACACCAACCAACUGGAUUACAAGCAAAUUUAGGCACAGGGGACCAAUUGCCUGAAUGCUUGGGAAUGUCACAGACGCAAGCUAACAGGCCACCUCAGACUGCAUCAUUGCAUUUGCAGCAGAGCAUGUCAUCAUCAAUUCCUCAACAGUCCCCCAAGGCAAGUUACUUGCCCCAAGAAGCAAUGCAACCUUGUAACCGAGCACAAAGCAUGCCACAGCAGGACUUGCUUCAGCAGCAGAACCUGCAUUGGGCCCAUUCUCUGCAGCAGCAGUAUGCACAGACUUCGGGUCCCAUGCAGCAACCAUGCAUCCAGCAGCACGUUCUCCAGAAGCAGCAGGAUGCAAGACCAGGCCCUCAAUUGCAACAGCACAUGCAGCCACCUGAUCGGCAACUCCCAACGCAGUACUACAACCAGCAGUCAUACCAUUAUCCACAGCAGUCCAGCAAUCCCAGUCCAUCCCCAGUCACUGGACAAAAUCCAGCUGCCACAAUAAACUGCAGCAACAGCAAUGGAUACAUGAGAGCUGUACAGAGAUAUAGAGUUAACUCACAGCAAAACACAUCCCUCUUCAAUUCACCAUCCAGCGCCCCUCCCUGUGUUGCUCCUUCUCAACAGAGCAGACUUGACUUCAGUCAACCAAGCACUGCACUAGCUAGUCAUGGACGCGAGACUUGCAGUCAAACUGACUGGUUCCCUGGAGCCAACCAACCAAAUGGGACAGCAUUUCCACUUUUCAGCUCCACAGCACCCCACGUGGCAGGGAAGAGUACAAACCUUCCUGCAUUUCACCCGACACAAACAGUCCCAUUGUCUCACAUGAACAAGUACUCUCGCUUACACCCCGAGGAACAAAAUAGCUGGUGCACUGUUGAUCUGUACAAGAUGACAGAAGAUUCCAAUGGCAUUCUAGGCUUUCACCCCACUGUGAAUGGUACCCCUAUUUUUGGGAAUGGCUCUGCACAGUAAUGGACCAUCAGGCUUUCUGUGAAAGGAUCUGACACUGUUUUUGUUCCAGGUAUAAACUUGUGACCCCAACAUCUGUUUGGCAACCAGCGAAGACUCCUCUGGGCAAAUCUGAUCCUUAUCAAAAGGGUGGCUUCUUAGAUUUUUCUUCAGAGGAUUUUCUCAAGUGGAAGCUUAACUUAGUCAAAGUGAACACUGUGAAUAGUCCUCAACUUGGGUGGCCUACUGCAACAGGAAGUGGCAGGGCUUUGGAGGUAACCAUAGUAACACAACAUGACUGAAACUGGAUUUAUUAUUGCAGCCUUAAAGGAAGAUUGUCAUCAAAUGUUUGUUUUGGUGGAUGGCAUUUUAGAGAACACCUCUACUUUAAUUAAGAAAUCCAGCUCUUGACUCUAUCCAGCUGUUUUUUUCUUGCCAGGUUUACAUGCAGAAAGGUAAGUUACACCUUGUGACUGGCAAACGGUUCUUUAAAAGCACAAGGAUUGGUGCAGGGCUGUAGAAAACCAAAAUCAUCCUGGACCAUUCUAUGGAAGCAACUUAAUGUUGGAGGUGUUUUUAAGAUGUUCUUCUGCACUGUAAAGUCUUUGAGAAUUAAGCUGAUGCUUUGUUUUGCAAAUGCAUUGUGUAUUAGGGAUUUGAACUGUAAUAGGCCUUAUGACAAUAAUGCAGUCUACCAAAGUACCUGUAGGAGGAUUUCCUGUAGAAUAAGCACUUUCUUUUGAAAACAAAAAGCACAGCUUUGAAAAGAAACUCUGAUACUCUAUUUCAAAGCAAUGCUGGCUUGCACCUUUCACUCUUUUCUGAGUUGGAAGAAAAUUGCUCAACCAGUUUUGAAAGGAUUUUCAAAGGGAUUCCUUUUAACAUAUGUAGAGGACAAUGUGUGCGAGCAGACAGCAAGGCACACGCACUGUGUGGGGAUAUCCUUGCCUUAACUGCCCUGUAACUUUUGUAGUACUAAGGAGUCCCUCACAAAACCAGGCGAGCCAGUGAAUUCCCAACUUUUAACCAAGCACACAAACCACUGUUAUCUUACAAACAAUGACAAAGAAGGGCCACAUAACUUCAAGUGCCUUGUACAUCACAAUAUGUGUGUGUGUGUGUAUUGUGCUAUUCACCCCACUUGAGAGUACUUUGCGUAAUCCCUUCCUCCUCCAUCCCUUUUGGAAGAACAAAAAGUACAAAGAAAUCACUUUUAGGAGAAAAUAAAUCUGAAAAAUUCCCCUCAGUUGGAUAACUGAAACUAUUCAAGGACCACACUGGCCCCAAUUUACCUCAAGUAAGUACUGCCAAAAACCUUUUAAAAGAGUAUGCAAUGCAGUGAGAUUGAAGGUAUUUAAAACAUAAAUUAAGAAGGGAUGAUGCAUUAAGGGAUAUUAGUGAAUUGGAUACAGUUAAAGUAAUAUUUUUGUCUUGUAGUUCCCAAAACAUGCAUUAGUGAAAUUAUGGAGGGAGAAAGGGGGUGGAAUUGAGAAACAAUCAGGAAGAGAUGAUAAGUAAGGUCGGGGGGUAGGGGUGGGGCAGAGAAUAGCUGGAAGAUAAAGUGGAAAUCAGCCAUAGAGAAAGGGAUUUGAAUGGCCACAAGCCUCACCUAUAAUUAAUCUUUUGAUUAUGACUGGUUUAUUGUCUUUGAACUAAAUCCAAGCAGCCAAGGUGGCUAUGGAUGGUUAUUGAGUUAAAUACAUUAAGUAUGAGAAAACUUCUGAAUGUUAAAAAAAUUUGUCCAAGAACGCUUUUAAAGUGGAUUUGGUAGGAGUCCUUUCACACACAUUUCAUUAUCCUGCCAUUUUCCAGUGUGUUUCCAACCUACAAAGCAGUAACUGUGUAAAUAUUCAGAUUAUUCAAAUCUUGCCCCAUGAAAAUGAUUUUGAAACAUUUCUAAAUAGACAAUGAAUGGAGAUAUGGAAUGGGUGUCGACAUUCACAGUCCUUGCUGAAUAAAUUGAGCUGCUGCAACCUGUACUUUGGCACAAAGAACAACUUCUGUUAACCAUAAAGUAGACCUGUGUCUAUUCUCAUACCAAAACUAAGAAUUUAUACUGGAAUAUUGCGGUCACAUCUGGAUAAUUUAAAUGGCACAGCAUUUGGUAAAUAAAGAGCUAAUGAUCUUAAAUUAUUGACUAAUCAAUAUUUGAUAGCCUGUUUCUCUUAACUGAAUAAUGCUAUUCCCAUGAAAAAUAAUUACAUUUCCUACCUCUCCCAAUCUUCCCAGCCAUGUAUUAAUAUUUCCAUCCCCCCACUUGACUCCUGAGCUGUGAAGCAGGGAGGAAGGACCCACAUCCACCCACUGCCACCACCAACAACAUUCCCCAAUCUCAGACCUCAUGAGAAUGUUGUUUAUUAACUGCUCACUGGCAACUGUCUGGAUCAUUGAAGGCCUCAUUGACUUGGGCUUCCAUUCCCAUUGGGGAAGGUGAUGUUUUUUGUCCAGGAUUGGGUGACUGGGCAUUUGAUCUUGAACCAUUGGUGCAUGGGGCCAUUGAUGGAGAAUUUUAAACUUUGGUACAUUAUACCCAAGGCUUUUCAUAAAGUUAUAAUGAUCAUAAGAACAUAUUUGAAAUGUAUUUAUUGUCUUGACUAUUGGCCUUUGAUAUAAUGAAACUUUUGUUACCCUAAAAUGUGUCAAGUUUUAGUCCAUGUUCAUCAAGGUCUGUGGCUGGACUGAUAAUCUUGUACUUUGAUGCAGCAAAUUGCCUGAGAAUAAGCGCCAAAAGGAAUUUAUUCCCAUUAAUGACAAUUCUUUCAUUUCUUUCUCUGACUGGUUGGCAUUUUGCCCCAAUAUAAUGUAUUGUCUUUGAUGAUGACAGGGCUGCUCCAUUCUUCACACGGGGAUUAAAUGCGGACUUUAACUGAAGCGCAAUCUCACUUUAGCCUUAAAAAUGCAACUGUAGGUUUAGUAGUUUGCCAGUCCUGUUGGAAAUCUUCUGAAAGUUGACCCUUGCACUGCAGACCUCAAUCACUUUGGAGGAUGCAGAAUGUAGAUGGGAACUUUGUCUAGUUAAGCGAGUUCUUAAGUGCAGAUGAGAUGGAGCACCAGCUGAGGAUGUUGCAUUCUGAAACAUUACACAGGAAGUGUUCCACCAAAUUAGAAUGGACAGAACUGAUUUUUGUCCCCCAAGACAAAACGCUUGCUAAAGAUGGCCACCCUUCUAGUCAAUUCAGUAAACACUCUCCCAAAUGUAGAAUGGAGGCAGGUUCAGCUGUUAGUAAUAGGGGCCUCAAUUUGCCUCAGUGUCUAAAAUUGACUUGGGAUGGUCUUGACUUUGAUGCAUCUAUGGACGAACAGUCCACUGGUACUUACUGCAUGGACUCAGGUGUGAAGAAUGACCAGAUGGGCAAGGUGGCAGAGGACAAGACCCCAGCACAAGCAAAGACCUUCAAGUGAAUUAUCUUGGGUUGAAAAAUUGGGGUAAAUUCUUGUUAAGUUUGAAUUUACCUCUGAAAAUAAAAUGUUACCUUCGUGCUGCUUGGACUGCAGAUUCAUUUCAGCUGGUGCAUGAAGCCACAAUAUUUUGUUGACCUUAAGGUGUGGCAUAAAUUAAUUGUUUCUGCAUUUUCAAUAGAGGCAGCUUUUCCAAAUGCAACCCUUUCUUGGAAAGUGACCCAUUUGUUGCAGUUCACCACAAGGAGCAGACAGGCAGAAAGAUCGUUUUUUUAAAAUAUCAACACCGAAUAACAGUCGGACAAAAGCUUUGCAAAGAAAUGAAAGCUAUUAACUCAAAGCUGUCAUCUAUGGUUGCUGCUUGUUGGUCUUUGAGAUCACUGGUAUUUCACACUCUUCUUGAGCUUCGUCACCAUCCAUUUCUGCUUUGUGUUAUACACUGCAAGGUCAGCUCAUGCCUGAGGCAAAUUGCCAGUGAAUGAUCUUAAGCUGGUACCUUUCCCAACGCAGUCAGAGAAUUUAUUUCAAGGGGCUAUUGGCAAAAGUACUUUGCAGAAGGAAAUGUCCUGGUGUGGCUGAGACUGACAGCCAUUUCCUAUUUCAGUUGGAGCCCUAACGGUAAAGGUCAUUUUCCCUUAAACUGUUCAUUCAUUCCCCAGGGAGUUUGCAAUACAUCGGCAAAUGGUUUUGCUCUGCAGGUGAUUGCUGUGAAAGUAGUACUGGCCUUUGGCUUUUAAUCUGGCAGGGUUCUGAGGCAGUGCCUCCAUGAAGUGACUUUCUCGAUGCUUGCAGUUCCUACUGUUGAUGCAGAGCAGCUAAAAUGAUUUUCAUGAUCAUUCCCAAUGUAAGGACCACAGGCAGUAACUCCUGUCUGUCAUCAGAUUGGCCUACAGCUCCUGAUUUUUGCAACAGCAUUUCAUCCCUUGUAGCACAAGGCCUUUUAGGUCCUCUCGGCCUUCAUUCUCUUGAUGAUUCCAAGUACUAGUUAUUUGCCAAUGUUUCGGCUCAAAAAGCAAUUGAGCGCCAUUUCAAAGCAGUAUUUCCCAAAGGGAUAGCAGCGCAAAAGCACAAAGGAAAAUGGCAGCUAACAAUUGGAUUCCAUGCCAGUCAAUGGCAUUGUACAGUCUUGCAUUUUCUUUGCUUCUUUGGCGCAGUGCAGCAAAGGCAAAAAGCAAUGCAAGGCAGCAAAGGGAAAAAUGCACGCAGAGGAGUCUUUCGCCCCCUGCACCAGGUCUCCCUUGAGCCACAGAGCAGAAGUUACCAGCCUUGCAAUCUCCUUUAGUACCCACUGUUUUGGUGCCAAACUUCAAGCUCCUGCAAAUAAUUGCAGAAUCAAAAACCACAAAGAAUUGUGGAAGAGCUUUGAGGAACGGGGGAAGGUGGCUGUGUUGGGGAAGAUGAGAACGGCAUGACAAUGUGGUCGUGGGCACGAUCCAGGAAAGCACAUCAUGCAAGAAGGAGGCACUGGAAGUAUCACCUAACCUAAACCAAGAAAAAGAGCUGCUUCUUUAGAGUGACAGACUAAAUAAGAAAGUAAACAGUAAAACAACAGAAACUUCUAAAUAAUGAAGUAUUAUCCCCAAUACCUACUCCGUCCUCUAGUUUCUUGUGCCGUCCAUUGGUAGCAGAAGGUCUGAAGUGCAGAUGCAAAGACUAUGUGCUCCUCCUCCAUUGGCACUCAGGCCUGGACAAGACUGUGGAUGAGGCAGAUAGAACAGCCACCCCCACAAAUGCUAGGAGUACAUUCCCCUGAACACUCAGUUUUAUUUUGCAAUACAGUCAUUUUUCUUUGAAUCAGUAACUCUUUCUGUGUAAUAUUUGGCUGCUGCUUACUAUUGCACUGGUUUCACUAACUUUUCACCCACAUCGACCUAUCCACUCCUGCUCCCAAUAGUGAGACCAGGCACUGUCAUAAUAACCAUCCGAUUCUGUAGAGCAUUAGAAGGUAAUUAGACCUCUGGUCCUGGUACCAACUGACAAAAAUUACUCAGUAGAGUUUACCAGUUUCCAUGUUUGUAUCAGUAAUUUUUCCAGAAAUCCAUAUUAAACACAAUAAUGACAUGCUGGAUAAUAUAAUGAUGAUGGGAUUUCAAAAUAUUAACCAUUUAAGAGAAACAGCAAUGUAACAAUAUAAUCGAGUGGAACUGACUAGCAGUGCUGAUAAGUGUGGUACUCAAAUAGUUCCAUGCAAUGAAAAUGUACAGUUUUAUGUUUCUAUGCUUUUUCAUAUAGAGAAUGUAAGAUUAUCAAUUGUUGCUGCUUGUUUAAACGGUUGCUUUUUUUUUGAUAAGAAUGGGUUAAUGUCUGAUUAUGGCGACCCAGUGCAGCAGGUGUAUAUUGGCUCUGCUGACCUUCAUUGAUUAUUAUGAUUUUUGAGGAUAGGAAUCCAGGUGCCUUCUGCAUCAACCUGGAAAUUGCUACGUGAUAUCUUCACACAACUGCCUCACCUUUUCUUAUUGCGUUCCUCCUCCUUACUGUUAUAAUGGAGGCACUAGCACGUGUGAAAUAAACGGGUUAACUCUUGUGAAAGUAGGAGAUGGAAAUUUUAAUAGAAAGACAUUAGGUGCUUGUAUAAUGACAAGACUCACUCUAAUUGGUGUUUAAUCUUUCUGUCUCUGUUUUUGAUUAACUCUUCCACAUGUGAUAGUUAUUUAUUGUGCAAAGGAUAAUACACAGCAGACAAUAUGAGAGCAAAUCUUCUGGCUAAUCAUCAAGGCAUUCAGAUCAUUCAGACUCCCCCGAGCUUUACUUGUGUUUACUUGGGCUCUCUUUACCUUAUAACAGAUUAACCUAGGAGCAGAGAGCGUCCCACUUAUAAAUCUGGAAUAAUGGAUACAGUUUUGGUGUCUUCCUUGUACUUGCUUUAGGAGAGAGUUUAGCAAAGAGUCACCAGACUGAUUCCUGGGAUAGGAUAUUGUUCUAUGAGGACAGGCUGAGUAGAUUAUGUGUAUAUUUCUUAGAAUUUAGAAUAACUUAUUGAAACAAAAUAACACUCUUCCAGGUUUAAUAGGGUAGAUGCAGGAGGCUUGUUGGGGAGUCCAGAUCUUGGGGUUGCAGGCUCAGGAUAAGGGGUAAGUCUUCUAUUGUUUGACUUAAAUGGCGGUGAAUCUUUUGAACUCUCUACCCCAGAAGGCUGUGAAUGCUCAGACAUUUAUAUUCAAAACUAAGAUUAAGGAUGCUUGAAUGCAAGAGGGAUGAGGGGAAAUUGUGGUAGUGCAGCAAGGUGGAAUUAGAUAGUGGAAUGUGGAGCAGUCUCGAGGGGCUGAAUGACUUCAUAUUUCUAAUUGAAGUUCAACUGUGUUGGAUUUUUGGUUCCAACCUUUUGAUUGGGUAUAAAAUCGAGACCUCCCACAAGUUUACUGGAGUUGACCAAGUGGUGUUUUAUCAUGGGGGUUAUGGAAGGAAAACUAACUUGUCUCCAUUCACAUGACACCACCUUCCAGCCCUUUAUCUAAGCAGCAUUGAGCACAGUGCUGAAAUCCUCUGUGCCCUUGGCGGGGAGUACCUUUUAAGGAAAAACCUUGAAACAAAAGGAAGUCCUGGGGCUUUGGUGAAAGUGCAGAUCAGUGGGUUAGAUUUAGAUUACUCCAACGAAGAGCCAGGACAGGUACGAUGCGCUGAAUAGCCUCAUUCUGUGCCGUAUUCCUCAUGGUUCUGAUAUGGACAACAAAGGCAAUGGCAAUUUUUAAAAUACUAAUGUUAUUAAAAUUAAAGUAAAAUUUAGUUUUACUUCAUUAAAUUUAAUAAUUUCAUUAAAUUUACUUUGAUGCUACGGCCUUAACAAAGAUUAUCACUCAUGAAAUAAAAGGUGAGCUAUGUUGACUGACUGUGUAUUGUUUAUUUUAUAUAUGUGCAUGCAAAUGAUUUACUUUUACAACAAUAAAAAAGAAAGAUUUAACUGCUUUUUCAAAAUGUUUCUGGGCUUUUGUGUCCCAUUUUAUUUCACGGAGCACGCAUUAAGUCUUGAGAAAAAGGAACGGCUUUUGUUGAUGCAGGUACUUUGAUUGUGGCACCCCUCCGUUCAUCUUGCUUUUAGUUAAAUAUCCCUCUUUGAUGAUCUUCCACAUGAUGGCAUAUAUGCCUGUAAGUGGCAGAGACUGGAAUUUGCCUGAUACCGCCAGUAGGCGAUUUAAUUAUAAGAAUUAUAUUUGACUACCUUACAGAUAGCAAAAUCAGCAGCUGAAAAGGGUCAUUGCUUUUAUCUGUGCUAAUUAUGGAGAUUGUCCAGUGACAAAAACUCGGUAUCUAAAGGGACAUUUUGAUGGACCUUCCCUUUGUCAAGUCAUUAGUGGGGAUGUUCGCUGAUGAUUGCACAAUGCGCAAUUCCAUUCGCAAAUCUUCAGAAAAUGAAGCAGCCCAUGCCUACAUAAAGUAAGACCUGGACAACCUUCAGGUCUGGGCUAAUAAACGUAGUAAGUAACAGUUAUGCAACACAACUGCUGGGCAGUG